AUGUUUUCCCCUCAAGAUCAAGUUAGGAUUAUUUCCAGUUCCACAACAUUUUAUCCUAUUGAUUCAAGAGGUGAUAUUGGUCUUACACUUAUCAAUUCAAUUGCUUUCUUGCAAGAAAACUUUAAGGAAAAUAUUGAAUCUUUUACUGCUGAAGACCAGAUAGUUGUUUUACAAACAUGGAAUGGCUUGUUGUUCACAAUCACAUCUCCUAAAAUAUACUCCGAAGAAAUCCUAAGAUUUGCCUUACAAAUCAUCAAAGAUACGGCUGCUUUCCUUUUCGGACCUCAUUUCGAAACAACAAUGUCAAUUAACAUUUCACAAGCUCUUAGAGAGCUGUAUGCAAAGUAUAUUGAAAAGUUUUUCACUUUAGCAAACAAAGAUUAUAAAUUCCUUUUAAUGAUACCUCCAAUGGACUUCACAUACUCAAAACUGAACAGCCAAUUAAAAGAAUUAGCUCGUAAUGACGUUGUUGGAAUCAAUGAAACUUUCGUUGAAUGCAUUAUUUUCAAAAGCCAUAAAAUUAUUUCAAGAUUUUCACGUGGAGAAAAUCCAGUCUUGGAACUAUCAGAUAUUUUCCAGCUCUGCUUACUCGAACAAGUCGUUUAUCCAGAUGAAGUCGAAGCAUCACAAUUAAACAUGUCUCAUCUUAAGAUCCACCUCAAAAGCGAAGGACAAAUACAGCCAUUUAUCGUUUCUUCCGGUAAAUGCGGUUCUUGCGUCAUUAUUAUCAUUAGUAAUAUCAAUCAGAUCAAACAAGAGGAUAAAGAUAGAAUACAAAAGAUCGGACAACAAAUAAAUCUUAUUGUUGUCUCUUCUAACUCAGAACAAUCAACAAUUCCAGAAUCUUUCCAAAUUACUGGGCUUCUCCAUUAUAUUCUCAUCAACCGUACAACAGGAGAGGUUUACGAGACACAACAGCAGCUAAAGAGUCAACAGGAUCCAAAAUGGGUGACUUUGAAAGAGAAAUUAAAACAAAAAAUGUCAAGUGUCGCAAUUCAAGCAGCUGUAACAGGUUCUCCAACAGUAAUUAGGAACGAAAUGGUGUUCCAGUAUACUUACGACCUCAUUUUUAUUAAUAAGAAGCAGAAAGAAGUAAUUCCGAAAUCAAUCCCUCCAACAGUGUUCGGAGACAGAAGUGGUUUGUCCUGGAAACAACUAGCAGCCGAUGCAGUGCAGGAAGACAACGUAAUGUGCUAUGAAAUGCUUGCUUGUUAUCUUGGAGUGAUGAACACUGCAGAUGUCAUAAAAGCAAACGCACAUUUGUUCAAAACAAUUACUGGAAUCAAGAGAUCUCCAUGA